UUCCUUUUAAGAAAACAGAUAAAAGUGUUCCCAGUUUAUUCAGUUUGCUGGAAGCAAAACUUUUCGCAGAUUCGUCGAUACAUUUCGUUAACAUAGACGAUGGAGGUCAAAGUAAAACCGGGAAACAUCCAGAUGUAAACGCGGUGUAAACCCGGGGAUCACCGCUUUGUCCCUGCUGAAACGAGUGAAUUAUACGUGGCCGGAGUUCAUCCCGAAAUCCUUUUUCACAUCAAUUUUAAAUUAGCGAACGAGAGGGGCUAUGAAAUCGGCAUGCGUGGCCGCUGACAGAUUUUUAAGUAGUAAUUGAAUUAGAGGAGAGGAGCGGUGGGCGCGGAGGGAGGAGGGGCGCCUGCACGGAGCUGCUGACAGGUAGAUGAGCUGUGCGCUGUCCGCGGUGCUGAAACCUCCUCCGGCUGCUGCCACACCGGAGAGCCUCACCUCAGGUUAGACCGGAGCUCCCCUGACCUCCACCGGGCUGAAGGGUUUUUUUUCCGAUUUCCCAAAGAUUACCGAGAACAACCUCCAACUUCCCGUUUCAUGCGUUGCUGAUUUUCUUAUCGCUGACUGGAUCUUAAGAUGGCACUGCACGGAUUAACAUUGCGCAAGGCAAAAGCGGACUUAUUUGACUGCUGUUUUGUGACUGUAGAAGCAGCCCUUUCGGACUGAACGCCUAUUUCUCCAUUUUCUAGGCUCAUUCUUUUUUAUUAUUUCUGGUCACCGAGGUGUUUUCUUUCUUCUCCUUCUUUUUUGCGCUUCAAAGAAAGAGGCGCGUUGUUUGGAUUAACAUUUUAACAAUAUGCUCUUGAAUGCUGCCCGUGUAUAUGCCAUAGUAUUAUAGUUUAUUGUAAAUAGUAAUUUGGAUAUGGAGCCAGGCAAGGAGAAAGCUCUCCCUACCUCUAAAGAGGGGAUAAAACAAAUCGCAGGAAAGGCCCUGGGGAGUCUGUACAGGAGGAUCGAAAAACGGCAGCAAACAGGUGAGGUCAUCGAGCUGACGGAGGAUGGGAGACCCAGGGAGGACCAGGAGAGGAAGAAGCCGCUGUGCGACUGCACAUGCUUCGGCGCUCCGCGCCGGUACAUCAUCGCGAUGCUGAGCGGACUCGGCUUCUGCAUCUCCUUUGGUAUCCGGUGUAACUUGGGUGUGGCCAUCGUCAGCAUGGUCAAUAACAGCACAAUCCAUCAAAACGGAAAGAUCAUCAUCAAAGAGAAAGCGAAAUUCAACUGGGACCCAGAGACUGUGGGGAUGAUUCACGGAUCCUUCUUCUGGGGCUACAUAGUCACGCAGAUUCCUGGAGGGUAUAUCUCCUCCAGAUUGGCUGCAAACAGAGUUUUCGGGGCCGCCAUCGUGCUGACGUCCACCCUGAACAUGUUCAUUCCCACCGCUGCCCGGUCGCACUACGGAUGUGUUAUCUUUGUGAGGAUAUUACAAGGGUUGGUGGAGGGAGUGACUUAUCCAGCUUGCCAUGGGAUCUGGAGUAAAUGGGCCCCACCGCUGGAAAGAAGUCGUCUGGCCACCAUCUCCUUUUGUGGAUCCUAUGCUGGUGCAGUGAUAGCCAUGCCUCUGGCUGGGAUCCUGGUCCAGUACACAGGAUGGUCCUCGGUCUUCUACGUGUACGGGACCUUCGGGAUAAUCUGGUACAUGUUCUGGAUCCUGGUGUCGUACGAAAGCCCCGCAGAGCACCCGACCAUCACCGAAGAGGAGCGUCGUUACAUCGAGGAGAGCAUCGGUGAAAGCGCCCAGCUGAUGGGCGCGAUGGAAAAAUACAAGACCCCCUGGAGGAAGUUCUUCACCUCCAUGCCCGUCUAUGCAAUCAUCGUGGCCAACUUCUGCAGAAGCUGGACCUUUUAUCUGCUUCUCAUCAGCCAGCCUGCUUACUUUGAAGAGGUGUUUGGCUUUGAGAUCAGCAAGGUUGGAAUAGUGUCGGCUCUCCCUCACUUGGUCAUGACCAUCAUCGUGCCUUUAGGGGGCCAGCUAGCCGACUACCUGCGGACCCACAACAUCAUGUCCACCACGACGGUCCGCAAAAUCAUGAACUGCGGAGGGUUUGGUAUGGAGGCCACUCUCUUAUUAGUGGUCGGAUACUCUCACAGUAAGGGGGUCGCCAUCUCUUUCUUAGUCCUGGCGGUCGGUUUCAGUGGAUUUGCAAUAUCAGGUUUCAAUGUGAACCACCUGGACAUCGCUCCUCGUUACGCCAGCAUCCUCAUGGGCAUAUCCAACGGUGUGGGUACCCUGUCAGGGAUGGUCUGCCCUCUUAUAGUGGGAGCAAUGACAAAGAACAAGACCCGGGAAGAGUGGCAGUAUGUCUUCCUUAUUGCUUCCCUCGUGCAUUACGGAGGCGUGAUCUUUUAUGGGCUCUUUGCGUCUGGGGAGAAACAGCCAUGGGCCGACCCUGAAGAAACCAGCGAGGAGAAGUGCGGCUUCAUAGACGAGGACGAGCUGGCCGAGGAGACAGGAGACAUAACGCAGAGUUACGGCGCCAUGGGCGGCCCGGCCAAAAGCUACGGGGCCACGGCGCAGCUCAACGGAGGCUGGGUCCAGGACUGGGAUAAGACGGAGGAAUAUGUGCAGGAGCCGGCGGGGAAGAUAUACUCUGAGCGCGGCUACUCUUAAAACCAGACAGUUGUGGUGAGUCUGCCCGACAAAAAAAAAAAAAAAAAAAAACAAAAUAGACUCUCCGCCACAGAUUGCACAAAUAAGCAUUAUAUUAGAUAUUUAAAACCAUUCUGUGUGUUCAAAUGAAACUAGAUCCAAAAGCCAAUGUAAAGAAAUAGUUAAUUGCAAAGCAGAACAAUCCUCAUUAGAUCCUCACGUUUCUCACCACAUCUACAUACAGUAGGGCUUCACUUAACAGACCACAGUGGUUGCAAAGAAAAACUGCAGACCUAUGUUGUACUACUUAGGCACCACGACCUCAUCGAUCUACUUGAACAACAUGAGCCAGAUAACACUGCAGUUGACCAUCAUAUAGGGUCUUUCUCUGAAAUACCACCUCUGAUUGCACUGAAACUAUAAGUAUUCUAAAAACCAACAUUCUGUUUCUCAAACAUGUUUUCUGUACUGUACAUACCUGUAUACUGUUUCUGUGAGACUAUUGUGGAUUUUGGGUCGUUGAUCUGUGUUAACAUUAAUAUAAAAAGGCCAUAUUUUUCAUGGACAGUACCUCUUCAGGGAGACGUCUGCUUGCAAAAAAGGUCUUCUUCCUCUCGAGCGAGGCCUACAAUACACUAUAAAGACAAAAAUAGCGUGAGUGAAGUUGAACCGUAGAGUUUUAGUGUGUGUUUGUUGCAUGAAUUUGCUCUGAUCAAUGUUUCCGAUGCAGUCGCCUCACAGUCACCGAUAGUCUCAUAACAGCCUACCGCUUUCUUCUUAGAUAAGUGUCUUCUGCCAUUAUAAUAAUAAUAAUAAUAAUAAUAAUAAUAAUGAAACUUUCAAUAAUCAGGUUCUGGACGUGAGGUGAGACAAAUCAAAAAAACAAAAAACAACAAUAAAAAAAAGUAAAAAAAAAAAAAAAAAAGGUUUUGAAGGCAACUGCUCAGAAGGCAUUGUUUAUUGAUGUUUGGUGUGCACUGCAAUAAAUUCUGUGUACCAGCCGCCACCCAUCACACUCACACUGUUUUGUAACGUAACACUGGCUUGCUGUAACUGUAAUUGUUUUGGAGUCAUGUGACAUUUAGGUGUGUGUUUUACAAAAUUUCUAGUGUCUGGAGAACCCAGUUUUAGUGCCCCACCGCGCAGGAGAUUAUUGUCGCAUUUUGACAGCGAGGAAUGCAGUGCUGUGUAUGAACAACCAGGUUUUGUGAUCUCUUGGUGUCGCCUCGGUUGUCGUCAUCGUCACCCAGAGUACUUUAUUGGCACAUUGAUAUUGUUACAUUUUGAGUGGACCGCAAGAAUUAAUAGAUGGCUCUUCCACAUGACUGUCUUUAUUUGCUAUUUAAACACUUUUCUUCAUUUGCUGUAUGAAAUCUGCAAGAAUGUUUAAAAAUAUAUGAAUAUUUAAGAAUGUUUAAGACGACCAAAAGAUGCUAUUACGGCUUUGUGCCUGAAGUUAAAAAAGAUAAAUGUGAUUUUAUGGCUUCUAAUAUUGUGUUUAAUGAAGAGGAUGUUGAUGUCAAAAAAAAAGUGUUAUAAAAAUACUCAUAUCAUUUUAUAAAAAAACAAAAGUCA